AUGUCUAGUUCUAGCAAGGCUUUUGAGAGAGAAAAUUAUAUGCAAGAUUCAGUGGAAGACGUUCCUUACCAGUGUGAACUCGACUACUUUCAAGAAGACAAGAGCUUCUGUGAGUCUGAUCUGCUCUUUUACGAAGAGCUACAAAUCCUGGCUCAUUUUGGAGCUCUUGAUGAUCUGUAUCUUGACAAAGCUUCUCCACCAUUUCAAGCUUGUAGGGAUGGCUUUUUCGCGACGCCUUCCAGCAACAAGGCUCAAGAUUGGCAGCCAAACGAAGAGAAGAGGCCGUAUGCAUUUCCUUCCGCGGCCAUGGAGAUUCUGAGACACUACAGAAGCAGAGCUGGUGCAGCAGAUGGCGGAUUAGAGAGAGAUGAGGGAAAGAGACAAAGCCAACGGGCAUCCCCUCCAACGUUGCUGUCGGUUAGUCAGCUGAUCGAGCUGGCCGUGAGGAGCUUCAUCCAUUCCAAUUCUGAAAAUGGAAAUGAUUUCCAUCUCUCUGCUGUCAUCCAUCAGGAUAAAACCCCCUUUUCAAGCCUCUCCAGAGGCGAGUCUGAAGAUAUUCGGCUCGUGCAGGAUCUCCUGUCGUGUGCUCGGGCAGUGUGCAAUCACCGCUAUGCUUGUGCAAGUGAACUCCUCAAGGAGUUCAGCAAGCUGAGCUCUGGCUCGACGAAUGUGAUGCAACGUCUGGUGUACUGCUUUGCUGAAUCUCUUCGUGACAAGAUCGAGAUUGAGACACGAGGAUCAGUGAAUACUAGGCCACUACAACUCAUACCUCCAAUCUCAGCCACAGCUUCCUUCAUCGAAAAAUUACAUUUCAACCAGGUUAUGCAGUUUGCCGGUGUUCAAGCGGUACUAGAUCACUUAUCAUCGCGUAGAAAAGUACAUGUUGUCGAUUUUGGACUCUACGGUGGUCUAAGACACUCCAUCUUAAUGCAAGCUCUAGCUACUAGCUCUGAACGUCCCCUUCAGCAUCUCAAGAUUACUGCUGUAGCAACUCAGUCGAAUCUUCUGACCGAGGAGGAAGCAGGUGCUCGACUAGAAAACUUGGCCAAGUCCUUGAAUCUGAGCUUCUCUUUCCACGUGAUCAGCUUCGAGGAUAUCCUGAGUCUUCAGCAGAGUGUGCUUCGCCUAGAUCCUGAAGAAACAGUCGUCGUUCAAGCAGCACACGCCUUGAGGUUUAUGAUUCCAAAGCUUGAAAACUUGAUGACAGUCAUCAGAAGCAUCGACCCUCACGUGAUGAUCAUCACUGAAGUCGAAGCUAAUGUUGAUUCUCCAGUUUUUGUCAACCGCUUCGUUGAAGCUCUCUUUUACUUCGGCGCUGGUUUUGACUACUUGCAGUAUUGUCUGAAGGAUGAUCUCGCAGCGAGAGCGUACGUCGAAUCCAAACUCUAUAGCCCUUCGAUAAGACACAUUGUUGCAGCUGAGGAAGAGGAGAGGAAGUUCAGAUUUGUAGGCAUCAAUUUCUGGAGGGAGACUUUUGCAAGGUUUGGCAUGGAGGAGACAGAGCUGAGCAAACUAGCCCUCAAUCAUGCGAAUUCUGUGCUUAACAAGUUCGACUGUCGCGAUUCUUGCAAACUUGGCCUUAAUGGGAACACCCUCAUUGUUGGCUGGAAGGAUACACCAAUAUUUUCACUAUCUGCAUGGAAGUUUCAGAAGAUAAGAACAAUAUGA